AAGAAGGUAACUUCACCUGAAUCUAAAGAAAGACUUGGACGGUUUUGAUCGGGAUAAAGGCCAGACUACAAAGAACAUGGCCAAGUGCAACUAUCUGAGGUGGAAGAAAAAACCUAUUCCUUACAAGGCACAGCCAAUGCUUGGAAGCGGGCUUCAGUGGCAACAGAAUUCCCGAAAUAGUUCUAUGAAAAUUGAUAUGCCUAGGCUGAUGUGGGAGAGUUCAGUGGAAAUCAAGUUAACGGAAGCCUGCAUUGACAUAAGCAUGACAAGCCAAUACCCAUGACUCAGAAGGGAAACCCUUCAAAAUAAGGAUCUUUUUCCCUCGAUUGGGUGCUUUAAUUGGAUAAUAUCUCCAUGCCAGUCCCCCCAAUGAGGUGUUGGUCAUUUUGCAUCACCUCUGUGGUGCUGAAAUUUGGAUGAUGUCUAUCAGGAGACUUAAAGGCUGCUGCUGCAUGUCACAUUUCAAUGAGGACAAUGGUAGGUUUGUCCUUUUAGCAGUACUCAUUGGGGCAUACCUGACUGUUGGAGCUACCAUCUUCUCAGCUAUUGAGAGCCCAUCUGAAGCAGAAGCACAGCAUCGUUGGAACGGGACCCUUCACAACUUUAGCCAGAUCUUCAACAUUAGUGUCCCUGAGCUGAAGGCCUUCUUAAGAAGCUAUGAGGCAGCCAUGGCUGCAGGUAUUAGGGUAGAUGCCCUUCGACCAAGAUGGGAUUUCACAGGAGCUUUCUAUUUUGUGGGCACAGUGGUUUCAACAAUAGGUUUUGGGAUGUCCACACCAGCAACAGUAGCGGGCAAAGCCUUCCUUAUCGUUUAUGGUCUCUUUGGAUGUGCUGGAACCAUCUUGUUCUUCAACCUUUUUCUAGAACGUAUUAUCUCACUUUUGGCUUUGGUCAUGAAGGCUUGCCGUGAGAGACAACUGAGAAGAAGUGGCCUUCUACCUCCUACCUGCCGAAGGGGCUCUGCCCUGUCUGAUGCGGACAGCCUGAUUGGGUGGAAGCCAUCUGUCUAUCACGUGAUGCUAAUUUUGGGAAUCUUCGCCAUUACUAUAGCUUGCUGUGCCUCUGCCAUGUAUACAGCUGUGGAAGGAUGGAAUUACAUUGACUCCUUGUACUAUUGUUUUGUCACCUUCAGCACCAUUGGAUUUGGUGAUCUUGUGAGCAGUCAGAAUGCUGUCUACCAAAAUCAGGGAUUAUACAGAUUUGGGAAUUUCACAUUUAUAUUAAUGGGGGUAUGCUGCAUAUAUUCUCUUUUUAACGUCAUAUCAAUUGUAAUCAAGCAGGUUUUAAACUGGAUGCUAAGAAAGUUCCGAUGCAGAUGUUGCCCAGAUUGCAAUAAACCAAAUACCCGCCUUGGGCGGCGCAAUGCCAUCACACCCGGCUCCCGUUUCCGCCGGCACAAUUUCUCUAUGGAAACAGACGGACAAUAUGAUAGUGACACAGAAGGGAGAAGGCUCUCAGGUGAGAUGAUCUCCAUGAGGGAUCUCACGGCUUCUAACAAAGUCUCCCUGGCGCUUCUGCAGAAGCAGUUAUCAGAGACGGCUAAUGGCUAUCCCAGGAAUGUCUGCAUCAGCACCAGACAAAAUGAUUUUUCAGGUGGAGUUGGGGCUUUAGCGAUCAUGAACAAUAGACUGGCAGAGACGAGUGAUUCUAGGUAGAAAUUUUGAAAUUAUCUUCUCUAACAUGAAGACUUUUUCUUACUCUUUAUUUAAUAAAAAGAUAUUUUAAAAAUUUAUUAAAUCCAUCUCAAGGGCAAAUUUCUGGAAGGAUUUAUGUUUUGCUUGUUUCUAAAAGCUGAUUAUUUAAAAUGUUUAAAGAGGCCUUUUUGGGAUAUAGUAGUAUUUAUUCCCUUAAGUUUUUGUAAUAUUUUAACCAGUAGUGUCAGGGAUCAUCAAUCAUCACUGGCCAACUUAGGUCUCUAGCACAUACCACUGAUAUUACC